AUGGCGGGUUCGAAUCUUUUCGUUACUGUUCUUUCAAUUCCUCUUCUUCUUUUCACCGUUUUUGGAAAUUUUCUUGUUAUAAUAGUCAUCCGCAAGUGCAAGAAAAUUUUGAACGCAAAUACCCAUCUUAUAUUCCACCUUGCAUGGUCUGAUUUGUUUUUUGCUCUGACCACUUUCGCGGAGACGAUUCUCGUCUCUCUUGAAGUUCCUUACUCCUCUUUCCAAUUCCUUUUUAACGCUUUAUUUUCAAGUUAUACUCUUGUUGUCCUAGCGAUUGAGAGGUACUAUGCAAUUCUGAAACCUUUCGUGCACAUGAAAAAGGUGGAUGUGUGUUUAACGCGGAAAGUUUGUGCCGCGCUGUGGGUCUUGGUUGGUGUCUUAACUGCGACAGGAUUUGUUAUCGAAUCAUUUGAAAAUAGGUACAAGUAUUCUGGGUUUGUUAAUGGUUCGAUGGACACCUCAAGAGAUCUUCCUCCUGUCCUCGAAACCAUUAAUAUUACCUUCGUAUUUGUUGUUUUUGUACUCGGUCUCGUAAUACCAAGUACUGUUAUGAUCCUGUGUUAUUCACAUGUGAUUUAUCAUGUGUGGUUCAGCGCUGAAGACAAAGCAACGAACGCUGCUCUCUUCAAAUCGCGCCGUAAACUGACCAAACUUUUUAUCAUCGUAACCAUGAUAUUCAUUAUUACUUGGACUCCAACAUAUGGCAGGCUAAUCGUCAAGGAGUUUGUGAAUCAGGAAACGACAAAGAAGUCCUAUCAGCUUGUUUCCAUGCUGCUUGCCCUGAUUGGUUCAGCGGCAAAUCCUGCCAUUUAUUCGUUUCGUUGUCCAAGAUUUCGCCAGGAAGCUGUUAAAACGUUAUCAUGUUGUUGCUGUAAAAUGAGAAGACGCCGUCCAAAGGGGCGAAGUGGUAACAGAGUGUUUGUGACCAGUGGCCGCUGUAUGACUGAGACACAACAUAAUACAACAAAUCUGAAUGAAACCUACGCUGAUUCAGUGUAGAAAUUUUACAUUCAUGGCUACACGAAGUUCCUCAUUGACACAGAGGGGCACUUUGGCUUAAUUUAUGAUCAAGCCCUUUAAGUUCCUGUGUAUCGUUUUCAUUUCAAAUGACCAUCACAUCGGCUUCUGAUAUUCAUGUUAACGUCUCAGAGAUCACUGUUACCAUUCGCUUAAAAACACAUCCGCUGCUAUGAGAAUAAGAGAGCUAUAAAGCUUGGCUUUAGAUAGAUGAGAUACAAGGAAAGUAUCAGCCGCCAAGGGCAAAUUACACGUUGUAAUAGCACAUUUAAUUAGUGUUUUUUUACCAAGAGUGCUUUUGCUUGAAAAUACGC